UAUGGUUGGUAGUAAUCGUUCUUUUGUGAAUCCGUCGUCAAAAUAGAGGACAUUUUAUUACAAAAUAAAAAUUUCCUGAUUAAAUACAGUACCAAAAAAUGGCAGAGUCAGACGUGGUGGAUUUGGAUCUAACAAUCGAUGAUCUAGUACCAAAAAGCCCUGAAAGACUUGCUGAAGAGAAAAAGGAAAGUGGCAAUCACUUGUACAAAUUCAAAAAUUAUAAAGGUGCAUUGGCUAUGUAUGAUGAGGCUAUCAAACUAUGUCCUGAGAAUGCUGCAUACUAUGGAAACAGGUCUGCUUGCUACAUGAUGUUGGGCAUGUACAAGAAAGCUUUAGAAGAUGCUCAAAAAUCUGUGGCAUUGGAUCCCACAUUUACUAAGGGAUACAUCCGAAUGGCGAAAUGCUGCAUUGCUUUAGGCGACCUGUCGGGCGGGGAGCAGGCAGCGCGGCGCGCGGCCGAACUGGGCGGCGCAGAGUGCGCAGCGAGCGAGCGCCGCGCGCUUGAAUCCCUACGGCGACUACACGAAGACGCGCAGCGAGCCAUGGACGCCGGCGACUACCGCCGCGUCGUCUUCUGCAUGGACCGCUGCCUCGACUACAGCCCCUCUUGUACCAAGGCGAAACUGACAAAGGCGGAAUGUCUCGCGAUGCUCGGUCGUUGCCAGGAGGCUCAAGAAAUAGCCAACGACUCGUUGAGGUUCGACAGCUUCGAUGCGGAAGCUAUCUACGUGCGCGGCCUGUGCCUUUAUUUCGAGGAUAAAGAUGAACAGGCUUUCAAACACUUCCAACAAGUGCUACGUCUCGCCCCAGACCACAAAAAAGCGAUGGAGACAUACAAAAGAGCGAAACUACUCAAACAGAAGAAGGAAGAAGGGAAUGAGGCAUUCAAAAUGGGCCGGUGGCAGCAAGCUCUGAACCUCUACAACGAGGCUCUGACCAUCGACAAAGGCAACAAGGCUGUCAACGCUAAACUCUACUUCAAUAAGGCUACCGUCUGCUCCAAGCUCAAUCAGAUCAAAGAAGCCGCAGAAGCAUGCUCUGCCGCCUUAGAACUCGACGAGAACUACGUCAAGGCCCUCCUCAGACGCGCCAGGUGUUACGCCGAACUCGGAGAGCACGAAGAGGCCGUCAAAGACUACGAAAGACUAUACAAGAUCGACAAAAGCAAAGAAAACAAGCAAUUACUGCACGAAGCCAAAAUAGCCCUUAAGAAAUCCAAACGCAAAGACUACUAUAAGAUUCUGGGAAUCGAAAAAACUGCGUCUGAAGAUGAUAUUAAGAAAGCUUACAGGAAGCGCGCGCUGGUGCACCACCCGGACCGGCACGCGGGCGCGCCGGACAGCGAGCGGCGCGAGCAGGAGCGCCGCUUCAAGGAAGUCGGGGAGGCCUACGGCGUGCUCAGCGACCCUAAGAAGCGGGCGCGGUAUGACCACGGCCAGGACCUCGACGACGACGGCUCUGGCAUGGCUGACAUCGACCCGAACGUGGUGUUCCAGACCUUCUUCAAUCGCGGCGGCCAGCACUUCGAUUUCCAUUCCGGCGGCGGAUUCCCCGGGACAGCGUUCAGCUUCCAGUUCGGUUAAUGACCCCACUAACAUGUUCUACACUCGGUUUAUCGAAAAUUAUAAAACAUACUUAUACAAAAAUUAGAACGUAGUGUUGUCUAAAGAAACAAAAAAUUCAUUCCAAAAAUAUUUUGAAUAGGUUUGUGACAGCUUAAACAACCGUAAAUCCCUUCGAUAUUGUUUUGUGACCACGUCCUUAAAAAUAUUUAAGAUGAAAUAUAUCUGAAAACGUAUUACAUAAUUGGAAAGUUUAUUAUAUUAUAAUGCUGUUAAAAACAAUGACGUCGACCACACAGUGACUACGAAGUCGCGCUAACGUUUCUGACGCGUCGUAUAAAUAUUGCCGAGCCGCUAUUCAGGUAAUGUUUUCAUAUAAAACAUAUUUUUGUGAUUAAUGUUGACUGAUUUGGUUAAGUAACUUUUUUUUUCACAUUAUUCCUCUACACUUCUCUUACGGAGUUUUUAAUGUAUUGUUUAGAUUAUUUGUGUAUAUUAUAAAUAAUUAUAUUGUUACUGAUAUGCAACUCCUUAUACAUGCUUGUAUUUUAUAUUAGGGACACAAAUAAGUUGCAAAGCUAAGAUAAUUGAAACUGCCUGAACAUCAACAAAUAUUGUAAGUAAGCACCGUAAUAUUUGUACAAAGUAUUACUAACAGCUAGAAAUUAUAGCAUAAUAUUUGAGGGCUGGAGAAUAUUGUGAGGCAUACCUCAUAUUAAUAAUUGAGUCAGUUGAGAACAAUAGAACAAUCUGUGUUAUGUACACUGAUUAAUACGAAUAUAUUUAUACCUUAACAUAUAUUAUGAUUGUAUACCUGCCAGAUAUUAACACAUUUUGUUUACGGGGCCAUUAAGCGUACUUUAUUCUAAUUAAGCGUUGUUGUAUGUGUAAGCCAGAGAGAAGACAGGCAACACACAUUUAAGGGUGGUAUUAAUAAACUAAUCUCAGCUUCGACACUGCCCUUAAGAUCAGUCAAAGUGACAGUUCUUAUAUAAAAACAGCGACUUAGGGUGAUCUCGAAGCUGAGAUUAGUUUAUUAAUAUCAUCUUAGGACUCGCUAAAACUGCCGCUACGGGGAACGUGAAGAACUCAACGAUUCUUUCUAUAAGAAACAGUGGAAAUAGGAUUAUUUCGUCUUGUCGGCUAUCCACCUCUUUAUUGUUUCCACUGAGAACAGUGUACACGUGCAGGGAGGGGUAUACGUGAGGUAUCUUCAUAACUUUGCAACACUGCAAUGGCUUUCAUACAAGUCACCAAAGAACAGUGUAUGUAAUACACAAGUUCUACUAAAUAAUACUCCUGGUGGCCGCGUCGGGGAGCCAUUAACUUUACAAUAAGAACUGAAACUAAAGAAUCCAACAAUUGCCAACUAAAUAACAAUAGUGUAAUUAAUCAUCAUGUUGCUGUUUGGUUAAACUUAAUUUAGAAUAAAACUUCCACAAUA